CCUUUUGUCGCCAACUCCAUAUCUGCCGGCUUCUCUCGAUUGAUGAACGGCUUCGCAUCGCCCAAGGACAAACAGCAGCAAUCGUCAAGGGGCACCAUCAGCAUGGCUGCCAAGCGGCCCAACUUUCUCGUAAUUGUCGCCGAUGACCUUGGCUUCUCAGACAUUUCGCCAUUCGGCGGCGAGAUCAACACACCGAAUCUGGACAAGUUGGCCAAGAAUGGUAUCCGGUUCACGGACUUCCACGCCGCGGCGGCGUGCUCCCCGUCCCGGGCCAUGAUCAUGACGGGUACCGACCACCACAUUGCGGGACUGGGCAACCUCAUCGAGUGGACAAACAUCUCGGGCCAAAACGACCCCAACGGGACCAUGUCUACCAACGUCCAGCGCGGGAUGCCGGGAUACGAGGGGUACCUCAACGAACGCGUCGUGGCUCUGCCUGAGCUCCUCCGCGACGACGGCUACCUGACACUCCUGUCGGGCAAGUGGCACUUGGGCCUGACGCCCGAGCGAAGCCCCAAGGCGCGCGGCUUCGAGCGCAGCUUUGCGCAUCUGCCGGCGUGCAGCAACCACUACGGGUACGAGCCGCAGCUCGAGGGCCAGGACAAGAUCCCCGAGUUCAUGACCAUGAGCUUCAUCGCGCUGCACAGCGAGGACGGCGAGUACACCAAGGUGCCUGAGGGGUGGUACUCGUCGGACGGGUACGGCGAUAAGAUGCUGCAGUACCUGAAGGAGCGCGACGAAGGAGGCGACGAGAGGCCCUUCUUUGCAUACCUGCCGUUCACGGCGCCGCAUUGGCCGCUCCAGGCGCCGCAGGAGGUCAUCCGCAAGUAUCGCGGUGUGUAUGACGAGGGGCCCGAUGCGCUGCGCGAGAAGCGGCUCCAGCGGCUCAAGGACUUCGGCAUGGUGCCGCAAGAUGUCGAGCCGCACCCCGUCGUAGCCGACGAGGUCAAAGAGUGGAGCGAGAUGAGCGAGCAGGAGAAGGCCAACUCGUGCCGCGCCAUGGAGGUCUUCGCCGCCAUGGUAGAGUGCAUCGACACCAAUGUGGGUAAGGUGGUCGACUACCUAGAGGAGACGGGUGAGCUGGACAACACGUUUGUGUGCUUCCUGUCAGACAACGGCGCAGAGGGCGCCGCGUACGAGGCGUACCCGAUCGUCCAGGGGUCGAUGAUCCAGCAUCUGCAGCGCUACUACGACAACAGCUUGGACAACCUCGGGAACGGAAACUCUUUCAUCUGGUACGGGCCACGGUGGGCGCAGGCGGCGACGGCGCCGAGCAGGCUAUACAAGGCCUACACGACUGAAGGCGGCGUGCGGGUGCCGUUCCUCAUGAAGCCCCCACAGGGCUUCUUCGAUUCCAAAAUCGAUCGCCAUAGCAUCACGCACCAGUUCUCGACCGUCAUGGAUCUCGCACCCACGAUACUGGAAAUGGCCGGCGUCACGCAUCCGGCGCCAACGUACCAGGGCCGUGAGGUGGUGCCCAUGCGCGGCGCGUCCAUGGUCCCGUACCUGCAGGGCCGCGCGCCCAGGAUCCACGACGAGGAUUUCAUCAACGGGUGGGAGACGUGCGGGCGCGCGGCGGUCCGCAAGGGCGACUGGAAGAUCGUCUUCAUCCCCAAGCCCAAGGGCCCGGAGCGGUGGCAGCUGUACAACCUGGCGCGCGACCCGGGCGAGGUGCACGACCUGGCCGAGCAGGAGCCCGAGCGACUAGCCGCGCUCAUCAAGCUGUGGGACCAGUACGUGCUGGAGACGGGGGUCAUUCCGCUGAGUCCGGAGCUGGGCCAGUGGAUGGCGGCGAUGGAGGAGCAGAUGCCCGAGAAUGCGUGGAUCGAGUACGAGUACUGGAAGGACGGCGCGAGGGAGGACCCGGCGCGGUUCACGAAGCAGAUUCCGCGGUUCGAGAGGCGGGUCAAAGCAAUCUGA